AUGGCAGCUGUCCUCCUCAGUUUCCCCUCUUUACAAGGCUGCAGAAUAUUCACACAGAAACUGUCAUGGACCAAAAGAAGCGUGAGGCUGGCGUCAGGUGUGGCGAGGAUAGAGAAGGUGCUGAUUGCCAACAGAGGAGAGAUCGCCUGUCGCGUCAUGAGGACGGCGCGGCGGAUGGGCGUGCGCUCUGUGGCCGUGUACAGCGACGCCGACAAAGACUCCAUGCAUGUUGCCAUGGCAGAUGAAGCGUUCCACAUCGGACCUGCAGCGUCUCAGCAGAGCUAUCUGUCCAUGGAGAAGGUUCUAGAUGUGGCAAAGAAGUCCGGGUCACAUGCGGUCCAUCCUGGUUAUGGAUUCCUGUCUGAGAACACAGAGUUUGCAGAAGCGUGCAAAGAGGCCGGAAUAAUCUUCAUCGGACCUCCAUCUUCUGCAAUCAGAGACAUGGGCAUCAAGAGCACUUCUAAACACAUCAUGUCAGCCGCUGGAGUGCCAAUCAUCGGCGGUUACCAUGGAGAGGACCAAUCGGACGACAGGCUACAGGCGGAGGCUGCACAGAUUGGGUUUCCUGUGAUGAUCAAAGCUGUGAGAGGAGGAGGAGGAAAGGGAAUGCGAAUCGCUCGGACAGAGAAGGAUUUCCUGGAGCAGCUGGAAUCUGCGCGACGUGAAGCCAGGAAGUCUUUCAACGAUGACGUGAUGCUGGUGGAGAAGUUUGUGGAAGAUCCCAGGCACGUGGAGGUGCAGGUGUUUGGUGACAUGCACGGUAACGCAGUAUAUCUGUUUGAGCGAGACUGCAGUGUCCAGAGGAGACACCAGAAGAUCAUCGAGGAGGCCCCUGGGCCGGGCAUCAGCGCAGAGGUCCGGAGGAGACUGGGAGAGGCGGCAGUGAGAGCGGCGAAGGCGGUGGACUACGUGGGGGCAGGGACUGUGGAGUUCAUCAUGGACGCACAACACAACUUCUACUUUAUGGAGAUGAACACUCGGCUACAGGUGGAACAUCCAGUGUCUGAGAUGAUCACGGGGACUGACCUGGUGGAGUGGCAGCUCAGGGUGGCAGCAGGCGAGCGGCUCCCUCUGCUGCAGGAAGACAUUGUUCUGAGCGGACACUCUUUCGAAGCCCGAAUUUACGCCGAAGACCCAAACAACGACUUCCUGCCGGGAGCCGGACCCCUGCUACACCUGUCUACCCCGGCUGCUGACGAGACCAUAAGGAUUGAGACCGGAGUCCGAGAAGGAGACGAAGUGUCCGCUCACUAUGACCCGAUGAUCGCUAAACUGGUGGUUUGGGGAGAAGACCGUGCGGCUGCUCUGAAGAAACUCAGAUACGGUUUACGACAAUACAAUAUUGUGGGCCUGAACACAAACAUCAAUUUCCUGUUGAGUUUGUCGUCGCACCCGGAGUUUGAGGCGGGAAACGUGACGACAAGUUUCAUCCCACAGCACCACACUCAGCUGUUCCCUCCACACACACCUCCCUCUGCUGUGUGUGUGUGUCAGUCUGCUCUGGCUCUGCUGCUGAAGGAGAGGACAGACACACACAGAUACACACAAUCCUCCAAUGACCCGUUUUCUCCGUUUGGUUCGAGCAGCGGCUUCAGACUGAACCUGGAGCUGAGCAGGAGCCUGAGUCUGCAGCUCGGAGACAAGAAGGUGGACGUUCAGGUCACCUACAAUAAAGACAACAGCUACACGAUGCAGAUUGGUGGAGAGAUGUACCAUGUGACCGGGGAGGUGGAGACUGAGGGCGGAGCCUCAUUUCUGCGCUGCUCUGUGAACGGAGUCAAGUCCCGCCCCAAAGUCGUCAUUCUCAACAACACUGUGCAUCUGUUCUCCAUGGAGGGCAGUGCUGAGGUGUUGGUCCCUGUGCCCAAGCACCUGGCUGCAGUGAGUGGCUCCGGACCCCAGGGCGGCGCUGUGGCCCCCAUGACCGGGACGAUAGAGAAGGUUUUCGUAAAAGCCGGUGACAAAGUGGAAGCUGGAGAUCCACUGAUGGUGAUGAUCGCUAUGAAAAUGGAGCACACGAUCCGGGCGCCAAAGUCCGGAGUGAUCAAGAGAGUGUUCUUCAGUGAGGGGUCGCAGGCGAGUCGCCACGCUGCUCUGGUGGAACUGGAGGAAGAGGAGGAAGAGGAGGCAGCAGCAGCACAGUGA